ACUUUUUAAUAAAACAAGAAAGAAAAAACAAAAUCGUAUCAAGCACUUCAAUAUGUGACUGACAAUAAGAAAUUAAAACAAAACCGCACUUUCAAAAUGUAAAAAUAAAAUGAUUUGAAAUUAUAUAAAAAAAAACACUUGCGCACAAUUUAUGAAUGAUUUCAACAAAAAGAACUCAAUAAAUCAAUGUUUCAACACCAAGUGCAACAACUAGAACAACACCGAACAAAAUAAGCUUAAAUAUAAAAAAACAACAAUAUUCUAAUUUAUGUCUAUUUUAGAUGUAUUAAAAAGCUGGAAUGAAUGUAUGUGUCACCAUUUGUCACACUAAAAACAAACUCCAAUAACAAUAAACCCAAACCCUUUUGAAAAACAUUAACCAAAUAACUCAAACCCCCCAACUCCCAACUAAACAGCACCAUUUUGUUUUUGAAUAUAAAAAAUAAAAAAUCCUACAACUAAUAACAACAACAGCACCUGCAACAUUUAUUUAUAAUUACUACAGCUUUAUUACUAACAACUCAACAACACUACCCGUUCCCGUAACCCAGCUUCAAUACACUUGUAAAUUCCCAGCAACUUUUCUUAUCUACCUGCAACAAUUUUUAGUUUUGUGUGUGUUUAUUUUUGAUUUCGUUCAACACAUUUUUUAUAAAACGGCCGCACAAUUGCACACAAUUAUUACCAUAGACACCCACAACGCUAUUACUACCGUAUGGAGCGUGGCACCGGCGGUGGUCAACAGCAGCACCAACAACAACAACCGCCACACCAUCAGCCGCAACAUCAUCAACAACAACAGCCACCGUACUAUCAACAUACACAUCAUACGUUUAUGACCAGCUCCGAAGAGCAUCCGACGAGCAAGUCUUCGUUUGAUAAUCCCGCCACCAAGAAGAAGCCACCCAAACUGAAAGCCAUCAAUCGUUCGCUCUCCAUGGCCAUUGAUAACUAUGAGGGAGCCGUGGGUGGCGGUUUGGGAAUGGGCGGUUUGGAUGAUGCCUCGUUGAUAGUGGAGCCAGCGAUAAUACAUCGCUCGGCCUCGCCGGUUGCCAUACGCUCUGCACCGCCACCUCAGACCUUAGCACUACCGUCAACGUUGCACCCGCACGCGUCUGGCAGUGGCGGUGGUGGUGGUGGUAGUGGCGCUGUGUCACCAGCUUUAUCUGCACGUCAGUUUCAACAGCAACAGCACCUACACUCUUUUCAACAUAUGGCUGCUCAAGCACGUCAAUUUAGCCAACAGCAAUCGCAUGCUAGUAGCACCAGUUCGCCCAUCUCGCACACGGUUAGUCCCGUUCUGGGGAGUGGCAGUCGCAGCGAAAGGGAUUCAUAUCAUCACCACCAGCAGCAGCAGCAACAACAACAGCUGCAUCAACCGGAUAUUUUUCUGGUCAGCAGUAGUAGUCUGGCCGAUAAUGUUACCGGCUCGACGCGUGGUGUAGGCGGCUCUUCCUCGCCUAUACAAUUCAUAGAUGACUAUAUGCUGCCGCCGACGACUCAUCGUCAACUGCUGCAGCAACAACAACAACAACAUGCUGCCACUCACCCCUUUAAGAAAUCACAAUUUCGUCGUUCCGACACAAUUGAUGUACAUCCGGCUUCUACUUUUCAGAUGAAGAAAACGCACUCGUUUCAUGCGCCUCCCGAUGCUGAGACCAUAAUGGAUCCUCUCUUACUAAGCGCUCAGCCUACAUCGGCUUCUUCCUCUAGACGCACUAGUUCGGUGAGAGGAAACUUUCUUAUGCCGGGUCAUGCCUCUGCCAAAGACAUUAGCCGUUCGCCUUCGCCCAGUAGGCGUGGAGCACGCUCACAUCGUUCUCUGCACGAUCCCUCACGACGACCCAGCGCUAAACCUGAAUCGGUGGUUGACUCACAAAUACGCCACCCUUCUUUGAAUGAUGAUCUUAUGGAACCUUUAGACGGUAGAUCGAAUCUCUUGGCUCCCACGAAUUUAUCUCUAGAAAAUGAAUUGUUUAUAGAAUCAAGAUCACGCAGUAAUAGUCACACGAAAAUGGAAGAUGUGGGACUAACGGAGAGGGGCACCAUCAGAAAAACCUCCAGUUCUUUUGAAGAUGCCACCUUGGGCUUGGCUACUCAUGCUGCGGCACCUACCACCAGUAGUUUGAAAAAACGGGGAGACCAUCAUGGGCACUCCUCGAGACAACAUAGUUCCCAUAGUUUAGAAUUAGAUGGGCGACCCUCUACAUCAGCGGCCGCUGCAGCAGCUGCUGCUGCCACACACUCUUCUCUGCAUUUACACACGGCUGCGGCGGCUGCCACGGCGGCAUAUCAUUUUAAGCGUGGCACCAAACACGGCCGUUCUCUCUAUCUCUCACCCAACAAUUUGGAAGAAGUGCAGGUGCAUCAUCGCCCGGCCGUUAUGGCGGCGGCCGCUGCUUUCGGCGGCACCAAUGCCAGUGCGGCGAGCAUAAAACAGGCCAAAGCUCUGCACAGUGCCAGCAUGCGCCUGCGUACCUAUCGCGAAACCUUAAGUGCGACGAAAAAAUCAAAAAGUUUCAUCGGUGACAGUGCGUACCCACCUCCGGUAAGUGUGCCCAAUGAAUUUGUGGAGCUUACCUCACCCCACCGACGCAACAGUGGCCGUGCUCUGGCCAGUUCGACUACCUCAGGCGGAGCUGCCACCAUCGAGGACAUCAAACGUAGUCCACGUCCCGUCUCGUUAAGCGCCACCGCCAUGGCUGUGGCAGCCACCACCGCUUUCAUGGAAGACAAAGAAAAACGUCCAUCAUUCGAACGUAAACCAUCGCUCACCUACGAACUGAGUGACGCUGCCUUCGAGCAGGUUCUGCGGCCAUUUCAUCACAAAGCCACCACUGGCCUGGGAACACGUAAAUCCUCUCUAGCUGUUACUCAUAAAGCUCUAAAAAAGAAAUCUCUUUCAGAUGAAACCGACGACGACGAGGAGGCCGAUCGCAAGCGUAAACGCAUUGUUUGUAUUGUCAUGACGGUAUUCCUGUGUCUCGUGUGUGCCGCUGUCUUUGUGGUCAUUAUGACGCUGACACACUCAUCCGGCCAGUCACAUACACACAGUCAUCAUCAUCAUUUGACGACAAAGAAGACUUUUACGUAUAAUCGUGAUGUGCCUGUACACUACAAUGUUCGUCAGGAAAAUGAACGUUUAAUGAAGGAGACCAUGGAUAGAGCACGUUUUGGUAAAAAUUUCACAGAGACUGCAUCAUCACUACUGGCAGCCACUACCUCAACAUUAGCGGCGGCAGCAGUCGCAGCUGGUGGGGCUCAUCAACAGCAGCAACAACAACAAUUACAACCGCAACAGCAACAUUACAACCAACAGCAAAUUUUGCUACCACAGCCACAACAAUAUCCUUUGCCUCAUUUGCAACAAAUUCCAUAACAAAUGAUAAUUUAUAAAUAACCACAAAUUGCUACAAGUACAAUACUACAGCUGAAGCAGCAGCAACAGGACGAGCAGGACGAACAACAGCCACAAUAUUCAUCAAACAACAUCUAACAAUGUCAGACAAAAGCCCAAAAAUAGAGAUUUAAUAAAAUUAAUUUUAUAAAAUAAACAAGCUACUAAACACACACCCACACACAAUAGAUGUUGAAAAAUUGGAGCAACCAGGAGUAACCUAAAAAUUUAGUAAAGUUAAAAUUACAGCUGUUGAUUGAGACUAAGACUAAAUGACGGCCUUGAUAACUUGUGUAUGUAUGUACGUAUGUAGCCAUAUAUAACUAGUAUAUAUUUAUUUAUACCUUUAGUAUAUAUUUUUUUUUUUUUUUUUUUGACAAUGAGCCCUAAAGCUGCCAUUAACAUGAAUAUGAACAACAGGAACAAAACCAAAAAAAAAAAUUAAAACAAAAGCGUAAAGGACUUUACUAAAAAAAAAAUGUGUAAAACAAAACCCCACAAAAAACGGAAGGAAAACAACCUAAAAUCUACUUUUAAUAACAAGAAAAAAUACAAAAAUUUCAAAAAAUCACAAACAGAAACAAAAACCUAAAAUAAGUGUAAGCUAGAGCAAAAUGAGGAGGAAUAUUGUAGUAAACUAGAAACGAAUUUUUAACACUCAACAGUGAAUUAUAAAGAACACUAGUUAAAUGCAGUGUACUUCGCUGUCCCUGUUAAAGCUUUCCUUCAUUUUAUAUGUGAAAAUGGCAAAGUUGAUGUAUUAUAUAUCAAUGGAUAGGAAAUUUUAUAAACUUUUUUAAAAUAUAUAAAACGCAUAUGAAAUUUCAAAUAGCCAGCCAGUCGUGCAGCAAUUGCAGAACUGUUUCCCUAUUUUUUAUUUCUAUACCACUGUGCAUCAAUAGACAGACAGACAGAGAGGCAGACAGACAGACAGACAGACAGACAGACAGACAGACAGAUAGACAGACAGAUAGAUGGGCAGACAGACAGAAUAUACGCACAAUGGUCUUACUAUAAACUUUCGAAUUGCAUUUCAGCUAUAGAAUAUUAAGAACUAUAAAACUUUUAUCCCCUUCAGACUAGUCUGGUCCAUAGAGUAGUAGAUAGAAUAGUUGAUGGACUAGUCCAGAAAGUAGUUGAUAAACUAGUCGAUUUGGACUAUUCCAUGGACUAUUUAAUAGACUAGUCCAUAUACUAUAUGAGAGACUAGUUAAUAGACUAGUUGUAGUUGAUAAACUAGUCCAUAGACUACUUGAUAGACAAGGUUCACAGACUAGGCUAGUCCAUUGAUUAGGUGGUGAAAAAGUCCAUAAACUUGUUCAUAGUCCAGUUGAUAGACUAGUCUGUUGCAUAGACUAGAUGAUAGACUAGUCCAUAGACUAGUUUAUACACUAGUCCGUAGACUAUUCCAUAGAUUAGUCCAAAGACUAUUUAGUUGAUAGACUAUUCUAGUCUAUAUAAAAGAUAAACUAUUCUAUAGACUAGUUGAUAGACUAUUCCCUGGACUAUUUGAAAGACUAUAUGAUAGACCAGUCCAGAGACUAGGUGAUAGACUAGUCCAUUAACUAGUUGAUGGACUAAUUCAUAUAAUAGUUACAAGACUAGUUCAUAGGACAGUUAAUAUUCUAAUCCAAAGACUAGUUGAUACACUAGUUCGUAUACUAUUUGAUAGAAUAAUAUAUAGACUAGUUGAUAGAAUAGUUGAUGGACUAGUCCAGAAACAAUUGGAUAGUCAGUCCAUUGACUAUUUGAAACAAUUUUACAUGGACUAUUUGAAAGAACAGUAGAUGGAAUAUACGAUAGACCAGUCCAGAGAAUAGUUGAUAGGCUGAUAGAUUUAGACUAGUCCAGAGACUAGUUGAUAGACUGGUCUAUAAACUAUUUGAUAGACUAGCCCAUAGACUUGUUGAUGGACUAAUUCGUAGACCAGUUGAUAAACUAGGCCAUAGAAUAAUUGAUGAACUAGUCCAUAGACUAGUUGAUAGUCUGUUUGAUAGACUAGUCCAUAGAUAAGUUGAUACACUAGCCCAUAGACUAUUUCAUUGAUUAGUCCAUAGACUAUCAAAAAGACUAGUUCAUAGACUAGUUGAUUGACUGGUCCAUAGACUAGUUCAUAGGCCUGUUUAUAGACUAGUUGAUGGAAUAUUCCAUAGACUAGUUGAUAGACUAGUUCGUAGACCACUUGAUAAACUAGGCCAUAGAGUAAUUGAUGAACUAGUCCAUAG